GAAUCAGGACACUAGUGUCUUUGAACUCACCAAGAUCUCCAGCAGUUUCUUUUACUUUCCUCCAGACGUUCAUUUUUCCUCCAUUCCUUGUCUACAUCAUGACCUGCAGUCCUACAGCUACAGGAACAAGGGGAAAAAACAAAGCAAAAACCCAGAAAUAGAAAUUGGAACAAACCAUAAACGGCAUAUAACACAAUACAAACUGCAAGUCUUCCCUUCAGUUUAACCAGCUCAAGCAUAUUUGCUCUCUUCACAUUGCUGAAUCUGUAUUUUGCAUCAUAAGAUGUUUAUUUUAUGCUCACCACACCUGUUUUCUUUCAGUUAAAUGAAGAGAUGUCCAAGAUCGUGACCAAUGUGCUCGACAAUUACCCCGGCAACAACUCGACCACGGAGCAGGCCUGGGACUUCAUCCAGAGGAAUAUGGAGUGUUGUGGCUGGACCAGCCGUCUGGACUGGAACGGUAACAUGGUGAUUGUCAACAGCUCCCAGCUGCUGUAUCCCUGCUCCUGCCAGAACUUCUCGCUCACCACCGGAAACCUCUCCGACAGCGGAUUCUGUGAGGCUCAGACGCCUGACUGGCCCGUAUACGACGUGGGUUGUGCUGCCAGCGUGGAGAGCUGGCUUCUCACCAACAUCGGGGUCGUCCUGGGUAUCUGCCUCGGAGUGGGUCUGAUUGAGCUGGUGGGGAUGAUCUUGUCCAUCUGCCUGUGCAGGAACGUUCACACAGAAGAUUACACCAAAGUGCCAAAGUACUAAAGAAGCUCACUGGUUGAACUGAACAGAAAGAAAGGGAGGAAACAGUAAAAUAAUGCAUUUUGUUUUCCAUCCUUUAUUUGGUUAAACAUUUUGUCCAAAUGUAAAAAUAAUUUGUGUUUGCUUUAUAUUUUGUUAGAUUCUUCUUUUGAGGCACUUCCAUCUUUUUAUUUUUGUCAGUCCAGUCUUUCUUUGGAGCACUUUAGAUCAGAUAACUAUGCUGAAAAUGUUUUGAUUAAAUAUAUAUAAGAGGAACCAUUUGGAGAGUUUGUAAAGUAAGAAAUGAUGGAUACUCGGAUUACAGCGUCGCUGGUUUCUCUAUAAAUUAUCGCCUCAUGGUUUUAGUUUUCCCUCAAAAAUCUGAAGAGAAAUCGUGUUUUAUUGUCUGUAACGACAGAAGCAAAGCUAACGUCUGCAUGACAACUGAUUUGGACAACUGGAAAAAUCCACCUUGUGUGUGAGGCGUGUCGUUUCUUUAUUUUUAUACACCAGCGUUUUGAGUUAUUGCGAAAUGUUUUCAGUACUUUGUAUAUAAUUUUAGUCAUUAUUUGUGUGAAUUUGAAUCCAAAAAAGUCUGCCAGUGUUUCCUUUAGCAGCUGAUUUUUUCAUGUUUUCUUAAUUUUUGCUCUGGAAAUAAUAGAAAUAAUGAGGUACUAAAGAAGAACAUUUAUGAUACUUGUCUUUUAAAAGUAUCACUCCCAGUUUACAAUUGUCUUUGACAAGCAAAAACAAGAUUUUCUUUUUUUUAAGGUAGUUUUAAGUUCAUAUUUUACCCACUAUAACGUUUGAGUCGUGAAAUGUUUCUUUUAACCACUUUUUGAAAUAUGUAAACUUGAAAUAUUAGGAAAAGAGGCAAAAUUUUUUCGAGCAGAAGAAAUAUUUUUGGGGAGAUCCAUCUUGGAAAUUGUUCAUACAGAAAAAUCUUUUGAAAUUCAUUUAUGUACAACUUUCAACUUUCAUCCAAGAUGUUGUGUUGUUUUUAUAAUGUACAAAUACACCUUCCUGUUCUUUGUAUGUACAGUCUGUAUGAAAAACAUCCCAUUAACAUUUAUAAUUAAGUUGUAAGACGGAAAGGGUACGUAUGUUUGUAACUAGAUGGACUUCUGGUAGCUGGAUUAGUAAGAGUGUACUCACAACAUUCAUCCUUUCAUUUUGCCAAUAAACUGAUUACAGUA